CGCAGACGAAAAACCAUUUUCACAAGUGAAGUGGACUGAAACUCGUGAUUCGAAAGAUUCUCGUAUUUCGAUAGCUUCAAUUAGCACAUCCGCUUUUCAUACAUCACAAGAUGAAGCUCUUUUACGGUCUAGUUAUUCAUUGUAAAUCAAUUGACGAUCUGCGUUUUCUUCCUAACACUGCGUUGGUAGUUGAUCACGGAAAGAUUGUUUUCAUCGAAGAAAAUGCUGAUGUAGAUAAGAUUCAACAACAACACCAGAUAUCUGCCGAAAAUGUAAUCGUCUUGAAAGAAAAUGAAUUCCUGAUGCCAGGGAUGAUUGAUACUCAUAUUCAUGCCCCUCAGUAUGUCAACGCCGGCUUUGGACUAGACCUUCCACUCCUUGGAUGGCUAAACAAAUAUACUUUCCCCACUGAAUCUCGCUUCAGUGAUCUGAAUUUUGCAGAUGAAGUUUAUACCAGAGUAGUUGCAAAUACUCUUAGCAAUGGAACAACAACUGCCAUGUACUUUGCUACCAUUCACAAAGAAUCAGCUCUUUUGCUUGGAGAUAUUGCCCAUCAGAUAGGGCAAAGAGCAUUUGUUGGAAAAGUCAGUAUGGAUCAAAACUCUCCAGAUUAUUACAUUGAAGAAAAAAGUAGUGCAAUUAAAGAGAUUGAAGAUUUCAUAGUUACUCUGCAAUCAAAAAAGUAUCCAAAUGUCCAGCCUGUCAUAACUCCACGGUUUGCUAUUACGUGCUCGAUGGACCUUAUGAAGAAUUUGAGCCAAUUGGCUUCAAAGUACGACGUAAACAUACAAACACAUGUUAGUGAAAAUCCUGCAGAAUGUGAAGUAGCUGUCAGCCUUCAUGAAGGUUGUCGAGAUUAUGUGGACAUUUACGCACAAGCAAAUUUACUCACUGCCAAAACUAUUCUUGCUCAUGGAAUUUAUUUGUCUGACAAAGAGCUAGAAGUACUUCAUAAAUACCGAACCUCCAUCUCUCACUGCCCCAACUCAAAUUGUUCUAUACGCAGCGGUAUGUGCGAUGUUCGUCGCUUGAUGACGCAAGGGUUACACGUUGGACUUGGAACUGACGUUUCCGGUGGCUUCAGUCCAUCAAUUUUGGAUGCCAUGCGUUUUGCCAUCACCGUUUCAAACCUUCUUUCGUUGUCAAAGUCAGAAGACUACAAACCUUUGAAUUAUAAAGAUGUCUUCUUCAUGUCCACUCUCGGGGGCGCUCAAGCUCUAGGAAUCGGCGACAAAAUUGGAAACUUUGAAGUCGGCAAGGAUUUUGAUGCGCUAGUCAUCAACUUAGCUCAAACCGAUGGCAACCUAGAGCUCUGGCUAAACGAAAGCAUUGAAAACCGUUUAUCGAAAUGGAUUCAUCUUGGUGAUGACCGAUCGAUUUCUCGUGUUUAUGUUCAUGGAGUCGAAGUUAAAGAGGGAGCAAGCAACGUGUUGAGGGUUAAACGCCUGGGGGGCAAAAGGAAGUCGACAGAGAUCAAUUGAGAACAAGAUUCCAUUUAUCGAUAUUCGCAUUCUCGUAAUCUGCUAGUACAAAAAUAGUUGGCAAAAGAGACCUAACUGCAGCUAGAAGAGACGAACAUUCCCAAUACCAAGAAGAUAUCUACGCCGAUACUAAGCUCUUUAAUUUCAUUUCCCUUUCUCCUCUUAACGGUUUUGUUUUAUUGAAGAAUUUGACUCUUGCUUAGCAAUCUGAUUGAUAUUGAACAUAAUACCUAUCCUUGUAAUAUCCGGUUUGACUAGUUUCUCUUUCCACCAGUGGAAUAAAAAAAAACUGGUUUAAUUUUCAUUUAGAAUGUAAGACUCUUUUGGUGCAAAUAUAAUAAAUUUGGGUUGCGACAAA